AUGAACACCAUGACGAUGAACUCGGGUGAUUGGGGGAGGAAUGCUGUGGAGUAUUCCACCGUUGAAUCAUUAUUGGAGGACAUGUCGAAGCAAAUGGCUUUAUCAAAUUUAACUCGCUUCUCAAGAAACUCCAAUGCACCAUAUACAGGAAGAGCAAGCUGCGGAUCAAUGCGCGUGGUCAAGCCGAACAGUGCCAACAACAGUCCACGGGGUUCUAUGGGAAUGGGGAGACGUAGGACAGUUAUGGCUGAUAGUACAUAUCGACGAAUGGCGCCAGUGGCCGAUGAACAAAUUGUCCCCUCGAUGUCGACUGGAUACAUUUCCAAUGAUGGACUCCAAGUACCUCCACGCUCCAGCAGACCCGUCAGUUGGCACCCAUCAUCACAGCAAUUCCCACAGCAAUCUCAGCCAUAUUAUCAAACCCCGACAUAUGAGUUCAACAACCAACAAUUCAGCUACCUACCUCCAACUCCUGCUGUCUAUUCCGGAUACACAUCACCUGUAUCAAACUUUUCUCCAGCCUCUAUCCCAUAUACUGGCUACGAACAACAAUACUUUCCAGACUUGCAACAACAUUAUCUUGCGAGCCAGCCUUCGUAUUUGAUGGAGCAACAAAUUCAAUAUAGUCCAUCAUCCGUAGUUGAUCUAGACUCAAUCCAAUACCCUCAAUGCGAAUGGAAUGGCUUUGUGGCCAACAGCUUCGAGAGCUCCACUGCACCACCCACACCUGACAAUUUCCUUCCCAAUCAACAUCCUGAGCCGUCAUUCCCUUCAGAAGAAUCGAUACCUUACCAGUCGCUUGACGAUGAUGAGUCAAGAGAUGAUCUUGUUGGACUCGGAUUAUAUGAUACUCCUGAAGCUGCCAAGUCGCCAGAACCAGACCCACAACUCGAUAAUUACAGAAUGAUGAACCAGCUACUAGAAUUCAACUAUCGACGCCCUGAGCCCGCGGGAAAGGGUCUGAAGCUCGAGGAAGGAUGGACUCCUCCAAGUGAUGAUGAGAAGGAUGACGACGAGGCUGAUGGAGAGGGCGAAGAUGAGGAGGAGGAGGAGAAGCAGCCCGAGCCUGUCGAAACUCAAACAAUGCCUCAAGGCAAUUGGGUUUAG